AUGCGUCAUACGGUGGUUUUAUUAUUUUUUCUGCAAUUAUUGCUAUGCAUGCAAUUGCAUUUAUGUCAAACAGUGCAAAGAUCAUUUGCGAUGCCAGAUUGUUGUGAAGCACCAUGGAGUUUUGAUUCAGAUACUGGACAAUGUAUUUUGAAUAUGAUGGCACAAGGUGUAAGAAAUCAAGAUAUGCCAUUAUUAUGUACAGCACUUGGUUUUGAACUUGAUGGACACAAAUGUAUCAGAUAUGUUCGAUUAUCAUACAAAUAUGAGACACCGAUUGAUAAAGAAAUUAAAUUCAUUUAA